AUGGUGGACAUGGGUUCCGUUGUCCCGGUUUCGCCUCUCCGUCUUCCUAAAUCAUUCAACUUUGCCAGCGAUGUCGUCGACUAUUGGGCCAGGAAGGAUCCCUCGCUGGUAGCCCUCUACUGGACCGAUCAGUCACUCAGCGCGGUACGGCGAUUGACCUACAGGCAUUUCUCGCGCCAGUCGCAACGCAUAGCAUGCCUUUUGGCAUCCUUGGGCAUUAAGCAGGGCGAAAUAGCCAUCAUAAUCGCGCCACGAGUCCCUGAAUGGUGGGAGAUUGCGACAGCCUGUCUCCGCUCUGGGGUCAUCUUGUGCCCGUGCACGACGCUGUUGGUGGACAAGGACAUAGAGUACCGCCUCCAAGUCUCUCGCGCUGCUGCGUUUAUCGGAGAUGCCGCGUCGGUGGCCAAGUGCCUCAAGGUCCGUGGUGGUUGUGCCGAUCUGCGCACCAUCAUCCAAAUAGAUGGAAAGGCGCCUUCAGGGGUCGUUGACUUCUAUUCGGCACUGAACAAAAUCCCCUUCGACGCCACAUUUGCCGUCCCCAGGUCUCUAGGCCCAAAGUCUCCAGGCAUGAUAUUCUUUACUUCCGGCACCACAGGGCCGCCAAAAAUGGUUCUGCACACGCAGACAUCAUAUCCCCUCGCGCACGCCCUCACCGGGAUUCACUGGCUGGAUCUGUCGCCCGGCAAGAUAUACUGGGCCCUCUCGGAACAAGGCUGGGCUAAAGCUGCAUGGUCAUGGUUAUCUACGUGGAAUUGCGGCGCCACAGUCUUCAUCCACGAUGACAGAUUGGCUUUCAAUCCGCGUCGGACCAUCGAGGUCUUGCAUCGGUUCCCCAUCACGACAUUCUGCGCUCCGCCGACGGUAUACCGACAACUUGUUCUUGACGAGAGCCGGCGCUUUUUCGCCACGGAGCAUGGCACGCCACAGGCACUGCUCCACUGUUGCGGCGCAGGCGAGCCUCUCAACGAGAGCGUGGUCCGCAUCUGGAAGGAGAUGACGGGCGGCAUCGAGAUUUUCGACGGCUACGGACAAACCGAGACGAUCGUCGUCUGCGCGAACCAGAAAGUCAACAAGGUCAAGCCGGGCAGCAUGGGGAAGCCACUCCCCGGCGUGCCUCUGACCAUCAUCGAUCCUGAAGGAAAUCCCGUGGCAUCCGGAACCGAAGGAGACAUUGGCAUUGCGGUGGCGAAUACGAGGAGCGACUCAGAUUUCUUCGGGUUCUUCGAGGGAUACAUCGACAAGUCUACCGGGGUGCUCGACACAAAGAUCAAGACGUAUCCCAAUGGCAAGAAGUUCUUUGUCACGGGCGACCGUGCGACGAGAGACGAGGACGGAUAUUUCUGGUUCGUGGGCCGAGCUGAUGAUGUGAUCAACUCGAGCGGAUACAGGAUAGGCCCCUUCGAGGUCGAAUCAACCCUCAAGCUGCACCCAGCGGUGGUCGAAUCCGCCGUCGUGGCCUCUCCAGACCCGCAACGCGACGAAGUCGUCAAAGCCUUCAUUGUGCUCACCGAAUCCGCCGCGGCCAAGGCUAAAGCGUCCCGGGCGGCUAGCGACGCGCUGGUCAAGGAGAUCCAGGACUUUUGCAAGCAGAACGCUGCGCCGUACAAGUACCCGCGGCGGAUCGAGUUCGUCGACGCCUCUUUCUUGCCCAAGACCAUUUCUGGCAAGAUCAAGCGGGCGGAGCUGAAGGCGCUCGAGAGGAGGAGGGCGAAACAGGCUGCUAAGUUGUAG